AUGCAAAGUUACAUGAAGAUUGCUCAAAACAUCAAACACAAAACUACAAUGAGUUCUUUAAAUGUAAGUUUUUACCAGAAUAUCUCCGUUGUUCGUCCUGGAUACUUUUUCAUCACUGGACUUUCAGGCAUACCAAGCAGCAAUUAUUACUAUAUAUUCUUAUUUAUUACAUAUUUCAUUACUAUAAUUGGGAACUCUAUAGUGCUUCUCAUUAUUGCUCUUGAACGAAGUCUGCACAGUCCGAAGUACAUUGGUGUGUUUAACUUGGCCUUGGCUGAUAUUGGGGAAACGAAUGCACUGAUUCCUAACAUGAUGAAGACUUUUCUCUUUGACUCACAGUACAUCUCAUACAAUGCUUGUUUGGUGAACAUGUUUUUUGUGUUUCUUUUCAGUUCUAUUCAAAGUGUCACUCUUGUAGUUCUGGCAUAUGAUCGCUUCAUUGCAAUCUGUUUGCCAUUAAGAUAUCAUGUUCUUGUAAACAAUACAAGUAUGGUUUUAGUUUUCUCAGCAGUUUGGGCAUUUAAUUCUUCUAUUGUGGCCUUGAUGGUGUCUUUGAUCACCCGACUUUCAUUCUGUGACUCUAAUGUGAUACAGAGUUAUUUUUGUGAUCAUGGACCAGUGUAUAGGUUGGCAUGUAAUGACAAUAACAUUAAUAAGUUCAUGGCAUUUCUUAUCACAGGUUUAUACCUUGUAGCACCAUUGGUCACAAUAGUCCUGUCAUAUCUAGGCAUUUUUUUCGCUUUAAUCAAAAUUACAACUUGGCAAGGACGUUUAAAAGCUCUAAAGACCUGUGUCUCUCAUCUGUUGGUAGUAGGGAUAUAUUUCCUUCCCUUAUUCUGUACGUACUUUGCGCAGCUCUUGCUUUCUCUAGCCCCCAAUGCAAGGGUCAUCAGUACAUCUCUGGCAUAUGCUAUUCCGCCAAUGCUAAAUCCCAUCAUUUAUGUUUUAAACACAGCUGAAAUCAAAUACAUAGUUAAAAAAUGUUUUAAAAACAGAUCUGCACCAAGUAGAGAGAACCUUUCUAAAUGACU